GACUUGUUCUCUCGGAUAUUAUCGAAAAAUACUUCGUAUCGCCCACUCUCUUCAGAGUCAUCCGAUUGGCUAGAAUUGGGCGUGUUCUUCGGUUGAUCAGGGGAGCAAAAGGCAUCCGAACUCUGCUCUUUGCUUUGAUGAUGUCUCUGCCAGCAUUAUUCAACAUUGGCCUCCUACUAUUUCUGGUUAUGUUCAUUUAUUCCAUUUUUGGAAUGUCAAACUUUGCUUAUGUUAAGAAGGAAUCUGGCAUUGAUGACAUUUUCAACUUCGAGACGUUUGGUAACAGCAUCAUUUGUCUUUUUGAGGUCACCACAUCAGCUGCUUGGGAUGGCUUAUUGAACCCCAUCUUGAACAGUGUUCCCCCAGAUUGUGAUCCUCAUCUGGACAACCCUGGCAGUCAUGUGAAAGGUGAUUGUGGCAAUCCUUCCAUGGGCAUCUGCUUUUUUUGCAGUUAUAUCAUUGUCUCUUUCUUGAUUGUGGUUAACAUGUACAUUGCCAUCAUUUUGGAGAAUUUUAAUGUAGCCACAGAGGAGAGCAGUGAGCCUCUCUGUGAAGAUGACUUUGAAAUGUUCUAUGAAACAUGGGAGAAGUUUGAUCCUGAUGCCACACAAUUUAUUGCUUACAGCACACUUUCUGAUUUUGUGGAUACCCUGCAAGAGCCGCUGAGAAUUGCUAAACCCAAUAAAAUUAAACUGAUCACUCUGGACUUGCCUAUGGUUCCUGGAGAUAAAAUACAUUGCUUGGACAUUCUCUUUGCCCUGACAAAAGAAGUUUUGGGAGACUCUGGAGAAAUGGAUGCCCUGAAGCAAUCAAUGGAGGAGAAAUUUAUGGCUGCAAAUCCUUCCAAAGUAUCUUAUGAGCCCAUUACCACAACACUAAAACGAAAACAGGAAGAAGUCUGUGCCAUCAAAAUCCAAAGAGCAUUCCGCCGAUAUCUGUUAAAACGGUCAGUGAAACAGGCCUCAUAUCUGUACAGGCAGAGUCAAGAUAUGGACAUACCGAAAGAAAAUGCCCCAGAGAAAGAAGGAAUGAUUGCAAACAAAAUGAACGCAAUGUAUAGCUCACAAGUAGAAGUGGAAAAGUCCCCAGAAACAGCUCCAUCUCCUGUACUUGAGCCGCUAAGCAGCCCCGAGAUUAAAAAGGAUGCUGGUGAAAUGAAAGAGCAGGACAAUAAUGGCAAGGAGGGAGAUGACUCUGGAAAAACUAAAAAAAGUGAGAAUGCUAAACGUGGUGUAAAAGAGUCAUCUGUAUAA